GGGGGGGCACCGACAAUGGCGGAGGGGGGCAGCGGCCGGGGGGUAGCGGCGGCUCGGUGCCUCCUGCCCGCCUCCUCCCCGCCUUCCUCCUCCUCCUCCUCCUCCUCCUCCUCCUCCUCCUUCUUCCCGGGUAGGAAAGUUUCAGCGCCGAGCGCGGAGCAACAGCCGGGCCGGGCUUUUGGCAGCCUGGCCCCGUCGGUACGGCAGCUUUCGCUUCGCUUCGCCGAGCCCGAGCCCGCGGGCCCGGCUCAUGCCGGGGCUCCGCCGCCGUGCCCGGCCGCCCCGCCGCCCCCGCCGCCGCCGCCGCCGCCGGGCCCGGCGCUGAGCGCGGAGCCGCCGCGCUGGCCCAGCGUCCCGGCGAUGCGCAAACUCUUCGGGGAGAGCUGCCGGCAGCCGGCCGGGGGCACCGGGAGCGGCAGCGGGAGCGGCGCCGGGAGCGGGACGGGGAGCGGGAUGGGGAGCGGCGGCGCGAGCGCCCGCGGGGCUCCCCCGCCGCCCCCGCCCCGCAGCCGCGUCCCGCACCCGGCGCUCCGCUCUCCCCGCGGAGCUCCGCCGGAGCCCGGCCCGCAUUCCUGGCAUAACUCGGCUCGACCGCAACCACCCUCCUCCUCCCCAUCACCCCGCGCCAACGGGGAGGACGAAGCGGCGGCGGCCCGUUCUCCCCGCGCCUCGUCGGGCAGCGAGGGCGAGGGGCAGAGCGGUGCCCACCGGCCCCGCGCCGCUCGGAAGAAGAAGAAGGAGAGCGGUGCCUGGGAGAGCUCGGUGGAUGGAGGCGAUGCCGAGGCCGAAGGCUGCGCCAGAGUGGUCCCCCGGCACCCCCUGCCCGUGGUGGCCCGUGUCUCCAAGGUGAACAUCCUGCCCUUCGCCAGCCCCGGCGGGUCGCGGAGCAGCAGUCGGUAUUCCAGCACGGAGACGCUGAAGGAAGAGGAGCAGUUUGGGACGUGUUGGCCCAGCCAAGGGCGGACUCUCCAGGCGGGGUACGGGAUCUAUCGGUCACCCAGUUUCGGGACCAGCGAUGGCCUGGCCUGGGCACAGCCGGGGGUCCGCGCCCGCCCCAAGCUGCCCCAGGGCAUGGCCAAGGCCAAACCGGACCGUGGGAGCGAGAGCCUACAGCAGCCAGGGCUGGAGGGGGAGCGGGCUGAGCACCGCAAGUCCUUGUCCAACCCCGACAUUGCCACCGAGACCCUGACACUCCUCAGCUUCCUCAAAUCAGACCUCUCAGAGCUGAAGGUGAAGAAGAAAGGGGUGAGGAUCAGCCUGGACUCGGGCUCUGACGGAUGCUCUGGCACCACCACCCCCUCCCCUGGCGGCUGCGGGGCCGCUCACCCCCCCAAUCGCUGGGCACCGGGCGAGCGGCCAACGCUCAAGGACCUCACGGCCACUUUGCGCCGCGCCAAGUCCUUCACCUGCUCCGAAAAAUCCGGGACGCGGCGGCUUUUCCUCCAAAGCGCCAUGAAGCAGAGCUCCUCCGAGCUCCUCCUGGCCACCACUGACAGCCAGGACAGGGUGGCUCCAGAUGGGGGGCAGCGGGGGGACGAGGAGGCUCUCCCCAUGGUCAUCCAGGAUCAGUACAUCCAGGAGGCGAGGCAGGUCUUCGAGAAGAUCAGCAGGAUGGGUUCCCAGCAGGAUUACGGCUUUGCUGCCGAGCAGAAGGACAGCGGAGGUGUGGAGGGUGCUGAGGGGGUGGCACCGACGGGGACAACGGACACGACCCUUCGGGGACAGGUGGAGAGCGCAGGGUGUUUGAAGGAAGUGCAGUUGGAGGAGAACCUCGCCUGCAGUAAAUCCGUGGAGGAGCUGUCGGGUCACGAGUCCAGCGUGACGGAUGAGGGCAUCGUCACGGAGCCGGAGCCCAUGGCGAUGCCCUUCCAGGACCUGCACCAAGCUGUGGAGGCCUGGAUGCUGCCCAACGCCGGGCCAGCAGCUGGUGACUCCGAAAUGCCGCUGCCCGCUCAUCUGCCGGUGGCGGUCGAAGACCUUCCAUCUGGCAAAGCCGAGAUGCCGAGCACGCCUGGCAGCCUGCGGCGCCGACGGAAGUUCCCGUCGGCGGGUGCCAGCGGGAUGGAGGGCAGCGGCGAGGGCGGCACCGAGCCCUACCGCUCCCUGAGCGACCCCAUGCCCCACCGGCGGUGCUCGGUGGCGGAGGAGGCAAAGAAUUUCUCCGUUGACAGCAACCUGCUGGGCUCGCUGAGCGCCAAGGCAGGUGUUCCCCAGCCCGCCAGCAGCGCGGGCAGCGCGGGCAGCGACCUGUCCCUCAGCAGCGAUGGCCCACGGGACUACAGCAGCCUCAUCCAGACCAUCGUGAGCCAGCCCGGCGCCAUGGCCAAGCUCGUCGAUGAGAAGGGCAACGGCAAGACCAUCAAGAAGAAGUCCCUGAGCGACCCCAGCCGCCGCGGGGAGCUGCCGGCCGGUGCCUUUGAGGGGCCUGGCGAGGCCAUCAGCGAGCUGGAGCCCAGCAUCCCCCCGUCCAGCAGCGAGCCCAUCCUCUCACCGGGCGCCAGCCGUGGCUACGGCUUUGACCCCAAGCUGGCAGACGUGCUGUCCCCUCGCGUGGCCCGGCGCAGCUCCAAGAAGCGCUCCAACCGCGCAGCCCACCAGGAGAACCAGCCGCCCCCCGCGCCCGCCGUCCUCGCCAAGAGCCGCCCGGCCGCCAAGCACGUGCGGCACACCAGCGAGCCCACCACCUUCGUCCCCAUCGCCGUCCCCGAGCCGCUCGUCCCCUCCGGCCACCACGGCCACCUCCCCGCGCCGGCCACCGGCCGCUCCCCCGGGAAAGCCUUCCCGACGCUCCAACCUCCCUCACUGGAGGAUGUCACCAAGCGGUACAUGCUGGCCCUCAACUCAGGUGACACAUCCCCCGGCCCCAGGGAUGGACCCCGCUCUCCUCCGGCCACCCCAGCGCCCCGUCUGCCCCGCUGCCCACGGCUGCCCGAGGAACACGGCCCCAGGACCAAGCCACAGGUGGACAUGAGGAAACACGUCAUCAUGACACUGCUGGACACGGAGCAGUCCUACGUGGAGUCCCUGCGCACCUUGAUGCAGGGUUACAUGAAGCCACUGAAGCAGCCGGAGAACUCCCUGCUCUGUGACCCCUCGCUGGUGGACGAGAUCUUCGACCAGAUCCCCGAGCUGCUGGAGCACCACGAGCAGUUCCUGGAGCAGAUCCACGACUGUGUGCAGAACUGGCACGAGAAGCAGAAAGUGGGCGACCUCCUGGUGCAGUCGUUCUCCAAGGACGUGCUGGUGAACAUCUACUCUGCCUACAUCGAUAACUUCCUCAACGCCAAGGAUGCCGUCAGGAUUGCCAAGGAAGCCCGGCCGGCGUUCAUGAAGUUCCUGGAGCAAAGCAUGAGGGAGAACAAGGAGAAGCAGGCCCUGUCCGACCUGAUGAUCAAGCCGGUGCAGAGGAUCCCGCGGUACGAACUGCUGGUCAAGGACCUGCUGAAGCACACGCCAGAGGACCACCCCGACCACCCCUUCCUCAUCGACGCCCAGCGCAACAUCAAGCAGGUGGCCGAGAGGAUCAACAAGGGCAUGAAGAGCGCGGAGGAGGUGGAGAGGAAUGCCCGGAUCGUGCAGGAGAUCGAGUCCCACAUCGAAGGGAUGGAGGAUCUCCAGGCUCCGCUUCGCAGGUUCCUGCGCCAGGAGAUGGUUGUGGAAGUGAAGGCGGUGGGCGGGAAGAAGGACCGCUCCUUCUUCCUCUUCUCGGACCUGCUGGUGUGCACCACGUUGAAGCGCAAGUCGGGCUCCCUCCGCCGCAGCUCCAUGAGCCUGUACACGGCGGCCAGCGUGAUCGACACCGCCAGCAAGUACAAACUGCUCUGGAAGCUGCCCCUGGAGGACGUGGACAUUGUCAAAGGUGCCUCGCAAGCCACCAACAGGGAGAGCAUCCAGAAAAGCAUCAGCCGCCUGGAUGAAGACCUCAGCACGCUGGGGCAAGUCAGCAAGCUGUCAGAGACCCUCAGCUUCCCCCACCAGAGCCUGGAUGACGUGAUCAAGGACCUGAUGGCCGCCAUCCACCGGGAGCUGUCGGAGAAGCAAUCCCUGUCCUUCAGCAUGGCCUUCCCCCCCAACAAGGUGGAGCUCAGCACCACCAAGGCCGACGGCACCGAGUCCUUCAUCUUCGAGUUCCCCAACCCUGACGCCCGGCUCGGCUUCGAACAGGCCUUCGAGGACGCCAAGAAAAAGCUGGCUUCCAGCAAAAACUGCCUGGACCCGGAGUUCCUCAAAGCCAUCCCCAUCAUGAAGACACGGAGCGGGAUGCAGUUUUCCUGCGCCUCCCCCAGCCACAGCAGCCCGGAGAGCUCCCACGAGGUGUGGGUUUGCAACAGCGACGGCUACGUGGGGCAGGUGUGCCUGCUCAGCAUCCGCAAGGAGCCCACGGUGGAGGCCUGCAUCGCCGUGUGCUCCGCCAGGAUCCUCUGCAUCGCCUCCGUGCCCGGCCUCCAGAGGGCCUGCAGGGAGCGCUCGGAGCCCCUGGGCAGCCCCUCCUCCGAGGACGCGGCGCCGCAGCCCUGCCUGCACAUCUCCAUCUCGGGCUCGUCGCUGGAGCUCUCGGAGCCGGUGGACGGCGGCAACAGGGAGCUGGUGCCCUUUGACAGCGACGACACGGACGACGAGUCCUCGCCCAGCCCCUCCGGGACGCUGCAGAGCCAGGCCAGCCACUCCACCAUCUCCUCCAGCUUCGGCAACGAAGAGAUCCCGAGCUGCAAGGAGGCAGCAGUGGAGACGACGAGCUCGGAGGAGGAGCAGGAGCCUGGUUUCAUGCCCAUCACUGGCACCUACGGGCAGGCCCGGCACGGGGAGAGCCCCACGGACGGGCGGGCCCUGCGCCGCUCCAGCCGCGGCUCCUUCACCCGCGGCAGCCUCGAGGACCUGCUCAGCCUGGACCCCGAAGCCCACCAGAGCUCCAUGUGGCUGGGCACCGAGGAUGGAUGCAUCCACGUGUACCAGUCCUCAGACAACAUCCGCAACAGGAAGAACAGCAUGAAGAUGCAACACUCCGCCGCCGUCAUGUGCAUCUUGUACCUGGAUAACCAGGUGUUUGUGUCGUUGGCCAACGGAGAGCUUGUCGUGUACCAGCGGGAGGCAGGCCGCUUCUGGGACCCCCAGAACUCCAAAUCCCUGUCGCUGGGCUCUCCGGGGAGCCCCAUCGCCAGGAUGGUGGCGGUGGCGGGGAAGCUGUGGUGCGGCUGCCAGAACCGCAUCAUCGUCCUCAACCCCGCCACGCUGGCACAGGAGCACACGCUCCAGGUGGGCCAGGACGGCGGGCGCGGCGUCACCUGCAUGGUGAGCGCCGGCACCGGCGUGUGGGUGGCGCUCCAGGGCAGCGCCCAGGUCCGGCUGUACCACAGCACCAGCUACGAGCAGCUGGCAGAGGCCGACAUCACCCCCCCCGUGCACAAGAUGCUCGCAGGCUCGGAUGCCAUUAUCCGGCAGCACAAGGCCGCCUGCCUGCGGAUCACGGCGCUCCUGGUGUGCAAGGACCUGCUGUGGAUCGGGACGAGCGCUGGCGUGGUGCUCACCCUCUCCGUGUCCCCCAAGGCCGCCCCCACGCUCGUGGGGCUCUCCCAGGGCCACACAGGCCACGUCCGCUUCCUCACAGCCAUCGAGCUGCCCGACGGCUUCGACGUCCUCUUCCCGCUGCCCCGGGACACGGGGGCCGAGAAGCCGAGCGAGGCAGAGAAACGAGACCCGGCCCGGCCCCGCGGCCCCGCCCUGGGCCUGGCCAAGCCCAAGAUGUUGGUGAUCAGCGGCGGGGACGGCUACGAGGAUUUCCGCCUGACCAGCAGCAGCGAGACCGUGGGGCGGGACGACAGCACCAACCACCUCCUCCUGUGGAGAGCGUGAACAGCCACGGCCCCCCCGGGCCGCCCCGCCCAGGAAGGGGAGCGCUGCCCCCCCUGCGUGCAGAGAGGGGGGUCCCGGCCCCCGUCCCCAGCGCCCCCCCGCCCCGGCACCUCUCAUCUCCAACCCGGCUGCUCUCUGUGUGCUCGGGGUUGGGGGGGAUGAGCCCCGCUCCCCCCGCCGUCCCCCCGGCCACUGCACUGGACUCGGGGUGGGGGGGACACUCACCGCUUGGGGGGCAUCCAGGACAUUCGGGGGGGAGGGGGGGGUGCGGGUUGGUGUCCUUGGGAUCACAGAGCGUCCCCGGGGCCCGGCUGGAGGAUGUGCCCGGAACAUGCCUUGCUCUCCGGUUUUGUGUGUGCCUGCUUCACGGGAAGGGGGGGCCUGGCACUGUCACCCCCCCACCCCCGGCCUCCGGGACCCCCGGCCACGCCACGGGACCACCCCAGGGACAAUCUGGGCGCCGUGUCCCCCCCGGCCCGGGCCUCCCGCUCCCCCGCCUGCUCCAUCGCCAGCACCCAGAUAGCUCUGUUUGUUUGUUUGUUUUAAAUAUAUAUAUAUUAUAUAUAUAGAAA